AUGAAAUUCUUUCGAUCUGCUCUAUGCUUGGUUCUCCCAGUACUAUUGGCCACGAUCCAGUCGGUGCAGUCCAACGAUGAGGACAACAAUGACUUGACAAUGGAAGAAGCCGCAGCGCUGCUGGAACUUGCCACGGCAUACAAUCGCGAUGGGACGGAUUACUUUUGUUCGUUGGGCAAUCAUCGUCCACAUGGUCUUUCGUGCAAGGCACCCUACGCUUCCUGGGAUUCUCUGACCGACAAGUCCUACUACAGCCGUCAUCUUCCUCCUGCCGAUCCCGAGUGGGUGGAGAGUCUGCCACCCAUGGAAGAUGUGACGGAGCAGUUGUUUCGCACUAAGAAUGGACAGCGCAAAGAGGCAUCCCGCAGCACCAUGAUGUUUGCCACCUUUGCGCAGUACGUGGUGGAAUCCAUUAUUGCCACUGGUUUUAAUCCAGAGACGGGCACACCGGCCUACGAAAAGUACGAAGGAACCCAUCAGAUUGACCUCAUGCCUCUAUACGGAAGGACCGUGGAACAGACCAAUGCACUUCGCCUUCAGGACAAUACACAGGGAUUCAAGGGGCGGCUCAAGUCACAAGUGCUCCACGAAGAAGAGUACUCACCCUUUCUGUAUGAUAAA